AUGGACAUCAUGGGAAUUACGGCUAUGUCUCCAAUCUUGUGGAAGGGCCUAGGGAGGACAAUUGAAGAUCAGAAGAAAUUGGCCCUGGAGUUUGGACAGAAGAAGAGCAUGUUUGCUACGUUCAUGUGCAGUGUGAAUUCAAAAGAACUCCUUCGCUUGUGUCAAUUUAAGCUGAGUGCAAGACUUUUGUACGAGAAGAUUGAGCAUUAUGCGUUUUCUCACCCAGAGAGAUCGGAGUGGCAUUUGGCAUCAAGGGAUUUGCCGAUACUGAUGACAGCAGACAUCUUUGAGUGGCAAGAUCCAUUCUUUUCUUCCGUAGACAGAGUGUCAUUUCAGCUCCUCGAUUCCCCGGAGAUUUACUUGAGUGCUCAGGAUGCGAUUUCGUGCUAUUUUGCUCCCGACGUGUUCUUGCGUCAGGAAGACUUUACGCACCCUCCACCAAUGUCUUCUGAACUAAUCGCAAGGAAGAAAGCGAGUAAACGUUCUAUUGAACUAGAGGGAAUUUACGCCACCAGUCUUGGAGAUCUCCACUGGAAGAAGGGCUACAAAGACAGCGACGAAAGAGCUGCACUUCAGGCUGUGUUUAAUGAAAUCUUUAACGUGAAGAAGAUGCUCGCCCUUUCGACGAGGUCUGGGGGCUUGGGUCUACGGAGCGUGGCCCGGCACAGUGUUGCCGGCUACGCGGCUUCACUCUUGGCCACCGCGCCCUUGUGCAAAGACAUCGAUGGCAACUAUGAUGAGGAUCAGGGUGCCGCUUUGCACCAGGUCAACCUCGCGCUCCCACCUGCCGACCACUUCCCGGUCCCAGCCCCGCACCCUCUUCGGCAACAAGAGUUGUCACGCGCGCUGGACCGGGUCGUGAUCGCGCAGCUGGCCGCGCCUGGCCCUGGGCGCGAAGCUUACCGAGCCCAUUUCCAACUUCUGCAGCAAGAAGGGGCGGGGGCUUGGCUCCACGCUGUUCCAAACGAUGCCUUGGGCCUCCACGUGGUCACUCCCCUCUUCCGAACCAUGGUCCGCUUGCGGCUCCGCUUGCCCAUCGCCGACUCUGACAUGGCUUGCCCCUUAUGUGAUGGCACCUCGGAUAGCUUCGGGGACCAUGCCCGUGUGUGCCCCUGCGGGGGCGACAGGGUCAAGAGACACAACCAAUUGCGCAACAUCCUGGCCGGGCGUGCCCGCGCCGCUGGCUUGCAACCGGAAGUUGAGAAACCGAACUUGCUCCCUCCGCGGCCGGAGCUCCACGGGGGCACCGAAGAUGGAUCUCUGCCUCGUGGAAAUGGCUGCCGCCCGGCUGAUGUUUGGAUCGCCAACUGGAACCUCCAUGGUCCUGCCGCCUUCGAUGUGGCGGUCACUUCUGGCUUGCGGCAAGGCCACCUUGCCGCUUCCGCCGCUGAUGGCAUGGACUACGAAGUUCGGAAGUGCCGCCACUUGGAUACGUUGCAGGCCUGUGCCACUGAGGGGCUGCAAUUCAUUCCCCUUGUGGUUGAAGCUUGUGGGGGAGGCUGGGGGCCCACUGCUUUGAAGACGUGGAGGACCAGCGACUCGCGACAGCAGCUCUGUGGAACUGCAGCGCCUGCUACAGGCCCUGAGCCUUGCGUUGCGCCGGGAGAAUGCCAGGGCAAUCAUGCGGCCCUCGAGCGAUUUCGCCAGUUGGGCGAUGAGACGGGCGUAGCAGACACCAUCCGAAUCAAGAUCCACGUCUUGUGCUUCAAGGACCGGCGGAAAGAAGCCAACCAAAUCGCGCGUGAGGAGCUGGCGCGGAUCCGGACGCAGAAGGAUCGAAGCGGCGAAGCAAAGAUGCUGCUCUCUCUAGCGGAAGUGAACACAGAACGUCGCGGCUACAAGAACCGUGAGGAAGCACGGGUUUGGGCCAAUGAGGCAUUGACGAUGUUCCGAAAGGAGGGCAACAAAAAGAUGGAGGCCUACACUCUCAUUUGCCUGCUGAACAUCAACAUGAAGUGGAGGGGAGACAAGAAGAUCAGUUGCCAAGAUGGUUUCGACUGCGCGGUGAAUGCCUGCAGCAUCUUCAAAGCCAUCGGUGAUAGGAGAGGCGAAGGCCUGGCCAUGCACGGUGUGGCUGUAGCACAAGUGCGCGCGGAAGUGAACGAGGUGGUGCUGCAGGGCGCAACCAGCUGGGAGGCUGCUGCAGAUGAGGCUGUCCGGCUUUUCCGCGAGAGUGGCCAAAAGAGAAUGGAAGCCUUUGAACGGGUCUGUGUGGCCCAAUGGUACAUGGGCAUCAACCCUCGGAAGGCCAUGAAGUUGGCUGAGGAUGUCAUGAAGUUGUGCCAAGAGCUGCGGUGCCGUCAGGAAUCGGCGGCUCUGAGCGUCUUAGUCCAAGCCCAUCUUCAGCUGAAGGACAAGUCGAAGACGUGGAUGGAUCAGGAAUCUGCUCGAGCUGUGCAACUGGCCAAGAAUGGCUUCGACCGCUUCCGAGAUCUGGGCGAUCGCCAGGGGCAGGCCACUGCGCUGCAUGCGCUGGUCUUGGCUCACCAAGCACGGGGCGAGAAGGCCCAAGCUUUGCAGACAGCUGAAGAGGCCGCCGAUAUCUACAAGGAGAUCGGUGAGAAGGGUGGAGAAACCAGCAUGCUGCAGAUCGUCUCGCAGCUUCAUUUGGAGCUCGCCAGACCGGACAAAGCCUUCCAAGUGGCGCAAGAGGUGGCGUCCAUGGACAUCAGUCUUCACGAGACUGCGGUGGCGCAGGAGACCGUGUACGAGGCUGGUCGCGGCGCUAUUGGGUGUGAAACUGCACAGCUGGGCAGCUGGGUGCGGGGAGAUGUUGGAAACAGCUGGGUGAAGGAUUUGAUGACAGAGUUGGUGGAUGGGAAUCAGGACCUCGCCACGCGGUCCGAAGACCUCGCCGCCGUGGUGGAUGAGGAGGACCUGGAGCCCUCAAGCGCCAUGGCGGCGGCGCUGGCCGCCAUGGCCAGCGCCGUGCAGACGCUGCAGAACACACCCGAGCCGGUCAUGGAGAGUGGAGGCCAAGUGGUGGACGAGGAUGACGAUGACACGGUCGCCGCAGAGGUCCCGCCAGAGCCAUGUGAGGUGGAGGUCGACUUGGAGGUCGACUUGGAGGAAGAGACCUUCAGGCCCACACCGCCCUCCACACCCGCGCCUUCCGCGCCUUCGCCGGUGCCGCAGCUGCUCGAGGGCCUGCGAGCGGCCAAUCGGAUGAAGUCCCAAGAGGUGCAGAGUGAAAACUUGACCUUGGAAGAGUUGGAAGACCAGCUACUGCUGCAGAAGGUCUUGGUGAAGCAGUUGAAGGCGGAUUACGAACAACGCCUGGAGCGCAGCGAGGCGCUGGCGGCUGAGCUGCGGGACUUGCAGGGCUCUAAGCCGCAGGACUUGCAGGUCAAGGUGGUCCGCGCCCGCGAUGAGACGGAGAAGUUGUCCAAAGAAGGCAACCGAGCGGCCAUGUGGGUGGAGGAUCGUUUGGCGCGUGCCUGGCGGUUGUUCCAAAGCAGAACUCCCAGCCAGCGCCUGGCGCGAGACUUGGCCAAAAAGAGCCACGCAGAGUUGGAAGCCUUGCGGCGCUCGCGAGGACAUGUCGAGGAGGAUGUAGCGCUGGAGGUCUUGCAGAGCCAACGGCGAAGAAUUGACGUGAUGAAGCAAGACGCGACGGCACAGGACGAGAAGCUCUUGUCCUUAGGCUCCGAUCUUCGCAGCGUUUUGGACUUCAUGGUGCGCGUGAACCUGGACGCCCGCGGCGGUCCAAAUGGACCCCUGGGGGAGCUGCCGGAGCUGCAGAACUUGAACUUCAGUGAGGAAGUCAUGACCAAGUAUGCAGUGCUCACCAGUUUGACAGUUCGCUGGCUCUCCACCGGAGACCAGGUCAGGUAUCUGGAGAACUCCGGUUCUCCCUCGCAGCUCCGCCGUGCGGCGCAGCUGGCCACCGCGCCGUCGCUGGCCUCCGCGGCGCAGCAGAUGCAGCGGAGGCCGCAGCUGCCCUUGCCCAGUCACGAGCGGGAGGCCUUUGGAGAGGAGAGGCAGCUACUGCGCUCGCGGCUCAUGACGGAGAUGCAGCAGGUUGCAGAGGUUCUGGCGCGUCCAGAGCCCAAGAAAUCUGCAGGGCCCGAGGAACUUCUGCGGGCGGCGGCCUGGGGUGAGUUGCGCACCUUGAAGGAGCUGCUCUCCGUGCCAAUGGAAGCGACGGAGGAGCUUUGCGGCUGGACGGUUUGGCAUUCAGCUGCGGCCCAUGGCCAGGACAAGGUCAUCCGCUUCCUCCAAGAGCAUGCCACUGAGGGCCUGGACGCCUUGUGUGACUGUGGUCUGCCACCCUUGGGCAUCACUUGCUUGCGCGGUCACUUGGGCACUGCGAAGUGCCUUUUGGAAGCCAAGUGCACCGUGUCCGCCCACGAUGUCCGCGGCAACAGCGCGCUACACUGGGCCGCAGCCAGUCAUAGCCACCAGGCAGCGGAGGAGCUGGCAGAGCUUCUGCUGGAUGCCUCUGCAGAUCCUUUCGCCUGCAAUGGCAGUGGCCAGCUGCCGGACAUCCCACGUCUCCAAGAGCUGGCGCUGCGCUCCAGCGAACGCCGGGACUCGGUGCCGCGCUCCCCGCGGCCCCGCACGGACGCGGCGCCACCGGACGCGGCUCGACACGGGGCAGGUGGUGAGGAGGAGGUGCCCAGGUUCUCCUACAUCCGCUUGGAGAAGAAGUCCACCAGUGGAGGCUUCCUCUCCUCCUUAAGCUUCCUGAAGCCCCCGGUGCGGGACCGCGCGGGGCUCAUGCGUCGGGCAGAGGCGCGGCGCGCGGUGCACUUGAGCCCGGAAGAGGAGGAUGUGGGCAUUUGGUCCGACUGGGUCACCGUCUUCACCCACGCGGGCCUCAGCGCGUGCGUGGCGCCGGCGCCGGCGCCCUCGAGCGAUCCGACGAACAGCGCGUGCAACACGCAGGCGUUGGUCUUGACUUCGGAGCGUUUGCUCUUCCUCCGCGCCGCCAGCACGGGCGCCGCCGUGCGCAGCGGGUGGUCCCUGGCACAAGGCAUGGCGCUGCGGCAGAUCCGGCAAGUGGUCAUCCCCGGGCGUUCGGAUGGCUUGCUCCUGCUGCGGGUCCAGACCAGCGAUGAAGUCUUGCACUUCCAUACGGGGUCUCGGGAGACGUUCUUGGAAGAGCUGUGGCAGGCCAUGCUCCGCGCGGGUUGGCCCAACCGCGCCGUGGACGCGUCCGACGAUGGCAGUGCCGUGAAGGACUUCUUCUGCGUGGACCCAGAGCCGGUGAUCCCUUUAUUGGACCUGGCGAUGCAAGAGGCCGCUCAAGGCACCUUGGCCUUCUUGAGCGGCAACCUCUUCGUGCUCUUGCCACGGGCACCGAGCUCGCUGCUGCUGUCGGGCGCGGAGACGAUUCGCUUUGGCUUUUUGGAGCUGCAGAUGCGACGGCAGCCCAAGCAAGCUGGUGCUGGAGUCUGCUGGCAAUGGCAGCGGUACUUCUUCCUCGCCAAGGGAGGGAGGCCCCACGAGCGGUGCUUGGGCUGGUGUUUGCAUCCCAACGCAGAGAAGUGGACAGGCCACAUUUUGCUCCAAAGCGUGACGCAGGUGAAGUCGGUGCGUGGUAGCGCGGGGGAAGCAUGUGUGGUGAUUCAAUCCCAAAACCAGAUCGUGGCCACAGUGAAAGCCCGCGGCAGCCGCGAGCGCGAAGACUGGUUGGACGCCCUGCGCAGAUUGGGGGGGAACUCCUCUCCCUCCUACCCUAUGGGAGCCGAUGCGCUCCAUCUCCGCAGGCUUUCCUGCAGCAAGGGGACCAAGAAGAGGUGCCAUGACAAACCGCCCUACGACCGCCGCUCUGGACCGGCUACACGACCGGACCGGCACGUGGCACGUCAACCUGGUCCGGCAGAUCAGGCCAUGCGGGUGGCCCAAGAGCUGGUCACCCUGUGCAACGACAAGCACGACGGCAAGCGCGAGGCCAUUGCCAGGCUGAUGGUGGCCAACAUUCAUUACAACAUGAAGGACUUCACUCAGUGCAUUCUGGUUGCUCGAGAGGCGCAGGUCCUCCUGCACGACUUGAGCGCCUUCAUCGAUGAGGCCGCCGCCGUGCGCAUGGUGGCUGAGGCAUACCUGGCCAAUGGUGAGCUACCACAAGCUGUCAAGGCAGCCGAACGUUCCUUGCGGCUCCUGAAGGGCAAGCGCAAGGAAGCGGAAGAGAUCCAAUCCAUGCUGGUCUUGGCCUCUGUGAAGCUGCAAGUGCUCGUGCAGGACAAGGUCCGCGCACAGCGGGGCACUCCGACCUUCAACGUGGCCUUGGAGGAUGCCUUGGACGCGGCUGAACAAGCUGUACACUUGGCGCGGGAGAAGCGAAUGGCACAGUUGGGGCAGGCGUUGCUCACGUUGGGUCAAGCACAGCUGGCUGGUCUCAGGAUCGAUGAAGCCUUGAAGACGGCCGCUGAGGCGAUUGAGAUCGCAGAGGCUGCUGGUGCCGAGCGGGAAAAGGCCAACGUCAUGUGCCUCGAGGCUGAUAUCCACUUCACGAACGGCAACGCUAAUAAGGCGUUAGUCUUAGUGAACAAGGCCUUAGCGAUCUUCCAGGAGUACCGCGACAGCCGCGGAGAGUGGAUCGCGAUGAACAUCCUGGAGCAGAUCACCGGCCCGCCGGAGGAUCCUGCAGCCUUGCAGCAAGGGGACUGGACCGAGGAGCAGUGGGCUCAAUGGAAUGCCUGGCAACAACAGCAGGGCCAGCAGGGCGGCAGCCAGGUACCUCAAGCCAUUCAAAGAGCCACGGAGGAGCCCCGCGCGCGUCGGCGCACCGAUCCGGGCGAGAAGCUAGAAUUGGCGCAUGUGAGCACCGACACCGUCCGCAAGAGGGUGGAAGAGAUCGUGAGGUUUACCGCUGACCUGGAUGAUAAUGAGCCGAUCGAAUUGGAUCAGCCUCUCAUGCAGGUCGGGGUCACCAGCCGGACGGCGGUGGGGCUGCGGAACAUGCUCAGCGAAGAGUUGCCUGGGGUGGACUUGCCCUUCACCCUCAUCUUCGACUACCCUUCCGUGGCCUCGAUCUCCGACCAUGUCAUGGAUAGCCUGGGCGCUGUUGGUUGA